AUGAGUACUGCUCGAUCCGAACACACAGCAUCCACAUUGGCAAAUGGAAAAGUCUUAGUUGCUGGUGGAAAAAAUAUUGUUGUUUCGAGUAUUAGUGUGUAUGAUGUUGUUUUGAAUAGUGCAGUAAUGUACGAUCCAUCAACAGGACUCUGGACAAAUACUGGCAACAUGAAUACUACACGAUGGGAUCACACAGCAUCCACAUUGGCGAAUGGAACAGUCUUAGUUGUUGGUGGACAAAAUAGUGGUGGUGUUAUUUUGAGUAGUGUCGAACUAUAUGCAUGA